AUGUCUCCUCCUCUUGGGCCUGUGUGUGCGUAGUUGGGCCUAAUCCCAACAUUACUCCCCCCUCGGUGUUCGGUUGACGAACUGGGUUGGGAGUCUUGUUAGCACGGUGUUUGACCUUGAGGAUGAGGAGUGAUGUUUUAUGUUCAUGUCCGCCCUCGCGCACGACCGAUCUAGGCGGCCUGAAGCCAUCGCGGCCAAGUCUAUUGUGCAUGUGUAUGCCGGCUUCCUAUCGAGCAAGCGUGGGGGAGCUGGUGUUAAAACCAGUGACGACCUGAAAGCAGGAAGCUCAGGAGUGACGACCUGGAACCAGGAAACUGAUGAGUGGCGACCUAAAACCAGGAAGCUAAAGAGUGACGACCUGGAAGCAGGAAGCUCAUCAUUCUUUGUUAGAGCUCUGCAAGCUCGUCGUUCUUCAUUAGAGUUUUGUGAGCUCGUCAUGCUUUGUUGGAGCUUUGUCAGCUUGUCAUGCUUUGUUGGAGCUCAGUCAGUUCGUCGUUGGCCCACGUGGGCCCGGUGUUGGGCUGGGCCUAUUCCAAGCGGGUUUAACAGCCUGCGGCCGAUCUCGACGAGGGGCAAGCUGAUAGCUGAAGUGAUCCGCAACAGGAUUCAAACCGUCUAUGUGGCGACCAGAGCUUUGAGUGCUACCGAAGUGCGACCAGGUGACGCUCAGUUAGCCGUGAUCACGAGCUCGGCUUCAAGGCCCCGAGCAGAGCAUCGAGCUGAGGCUUCAGCUCCGAGCGAGCGCAGGCACGCACGCGAGGAGGCGAAGAGUGAAGAUGAGGUCCCCCUCAUACGACGCAGAACGAGCGGGGGGACUCAGCCCGCACAGGCGGCCCGUCCUGUAACUGUGCGUUCUCCGAACGCACCGUCAGGGACUGUGCGGGCAGCAGUGGAGCCCGCCUCUGCUCCGGCCUCAACGUCUAGCCCCAGGAUUGCUUAUCCUAAGGGCUUCAGCUAUAUAAGGGCGGAGUGCCAGCCCGCCAUGGUGCAGGCCAUGCACAGCUUCGUGCCACCCAUGGACAAUAAGCGGGCGAAGGCUUUUGUGCAGCAGCAUGGCGGGCAGGUCGCCAUGAUAAAAUUGAUGGAUCUACGCGGUAGCACUGUACGAGAGCGAGCAGGCAGCUCGUACAGAGAAUACCUCGGUUCAAAGUGCAAGCAGCUGGCCACGGAGAAGGCUAGCCUUGUGGACGAUGUGAAUCGUCUGCAAGGCUCUGAGAUGGCGAACCGAGCUGCUGCCGCGGAGAGCCAAGCAAACGAGCUCGCCGCAAGGAAUAACGAGCUCAGGGAGGAGCUGGAUCGAGCACGGGCAGAAAAGGAAAGCGGGAUCCAGGCGGCCAAGGAAGAAGCCGCCCGGGUUGAGGAGCGGGCUAGGAAGGCUGAGGCCGACAGGGACCGCACUCAGCACGAGUUGGACUCUCUUAAACACCAGGUCGCCGAGGCUGACAGGAACCUCACCGCUGCCGGGGAGGCACUGAACGAGCUGAAGACCUCCCACGCACGCUCUAUCAGCAUCGCCCGAGCUCAAGGGGCAGAGUGGUUCCUAGGUUCAGCUGUGUUUCAGGACGCCGUGGCGGUGGCGUCUGCAAAUGUAACCACGGAGAUCUACAACGAGAUCCGUGGGAAGGUGCUGCAUCACCGCCCAGAUUUUCCGAUCCGCGAGUUGGUGUUCUUUGACGAGGAGGAGCUGGACGAACAGGGUAAGAUCCUGGCUCCCCUUGCUGACACUAUUGUGAAGCUGAGGUGGGACUUGAACGAGGAGGGCGUGCCCGUCUGGCCGUCGUCCGUGCUGGAGGACGGUGAGGAUCCGGCAGGACUGCCCUCGUUUGAUGCAUGGGUGGAAGGUGCUCCUGUAGCUGAGCAGGAGCCUUCAAGCACCCCGCCCAACUCUCAGCCCGCUGUGGUGCCAGCCAGCUCACCCGUCAGCGCGCCAGCCUCCGAGCUCACCGCCCGAUCUCCUCUUGCUCGCUCUCCUACAGCUGCGGCGGACGCAUCCAUGCCCGUCGAUCUGACGGAUGACUAGGCUUAGGACUUUUUUGUUUUAUUUUUUGUAUUUUUGUUUUGGCCUUUUUGUAUUUGAUCAACAGAUUCAGAUCGCCUGUGCUUUUAAUGUAAUAUCGUUGAUGGAAUACAAAAAUGAAUUUUCU